AAAUGUCCAAUGUGUCGUGAAACAUUACAAGGUGCUCACUGUUACUGUCCUGAUCAUUAUGAAUUUGAUACAGAUCAUUCUAUAUGUGUGGAUAUAAAUGAAUGUAAAUAUAAUGAAUAUUGUGAUCAACUUUGUGAGAAUCAUGAUGGAAGUUAUGAAUGUAACUGUGAAGAAGGUUAUAGUAAUAACGGUACCAAGGGAAGAUGUUUAGCUAAUAAUAGAGAUACAGCCAGGAUUAUAUUUGCUAACUAUAACAAUAUACAACUAUAUAGUUUAAAUGGUAGAAAUCUAGUAGAACCACACUUAGUGAAUGGUUCACAAAUAGAAACACUAGAUUUUGAUAUUAAAAAUAACUCAGUCUGCUGGGUUAACUUUGUGAAAUCAACAGAAUCUAAUUUAAAAUGUGUCAGUUUAUUAGAUCCUAGUCAUACAUGGCAGAUACAUACUCAUCAUAAAUUAACCUCUGUAAGUCAUGUAGCUAGAGAUUGGGUAGGAGAUAACUGGUAUUUUGCUGAUGAUGUAAAGGAAACUAUAUUUCUAUGUAGUGGUAAUGGUGUACACUGUGUUAAUAUAAUUAAUAUUGAUAUCAAACGACCUAAAAGUCUAGCACUAGAUCCAACUAGAGGGUAA